AACAUGGUCCUUUGUCGGCUAAACCACACUGUGUUGUGUGCAGUGAUCUUCAUCUUGUCGGUCGUAAAUCAACUCCAAUGUCGGCCCCUGCCCGAUCAUCCCGCAGACGGCGAUGCGGAGGCCAAAAUCCAAGCUGACCGUGAGCUGCUCAAUACAGUGACCUACGUCGGCAACAACAAGGUGUACGGCCUACUCUCCAAUGAGCAACCGCCGAUGCGUGAAGCAAAGCUCGAGAAGGAGGACUUUGACUCAACCUUCCUCACCAAGCUGGACAACGUGCAGAAGAAGUUCGUCACCAAGGGCAAUGUCCCAGCGCUGGUGGAUCAAACGCAUCCCAAGGAUUAUUACGGCAAUGACGUCAAGGAUGAAGCCAUUCGCCGCGGUUUCGUCGGAAUAGUCGAACAGUUGUCCAACGUUUUCAACGCGAUCGUUGAGAAAGUCCCCAAGGGAGCAGUCACAAACCUGAACAAGAGUGUGCUGAACCGUCUCAACCAGAUCGGUGCCGUGCUGGUCGGGCUUGAGGAUGCGAAAAAGAAGUAGAGCCGUGGUACGCACACCACGUGUAUGGUUUCACGUUUUUAAUUAAUUUAUUCGUUUCUGUAAAUACUUAAACUUCUACCAUCAUGCUGUG